GCUGUCAGACAAGAGCUGUUAUGUGUAAAUACUCGUAUAUUAUUAUCGAAGCAGUCAACAGACCGUAGCUUUCCGACUUUCGUAUUAUAUUGCUUAGCUUCCGCCCCAGUUAAGUAUCGAUAGAGCGUGAUUAUCCUUUUAGCCAGGAUGCACAACUUGAUCAAGAGUCGCGCCGUUUUUGAGAUAUUGAAGAAGCCGCUGCCCGAGCUGCUGCGUUUCUACAGAGAAAACGAGAGCGAAAGCGAAUGCGAGGAAACUGCCGGAGACACUGCAGAUGCCGCAACUCCAACGCCAAUUCCAACUGCAGCGGCAGCAGCAGAAGCAGCUGCUGAGGCAGCCAAGCUCAAUGUGAACGCGAGCGUGUUUGUGCCGCGCUCCAAGGACGCCAGCGUCGAGGCCGAGGACGUGCGUCUUGGCGAACUGAAGCGCCACUUCGAGGCUUUGGAUGUGCGCAAGCCGGCGCAGCCGAAGCUGAUGCUGCCCUGGAAGGGCUUUCCCAAGCCGAUACCCGCCGACCGACCCAGCAAAGCGCCUUCGGCCCAGAGCAAAGAUCUGAGGGUUGCAGUCAUUGGGGAUGAGACAAAAAGCGAGUCGCGUCUGAAACGCGCUCAGCCGGACAAGGAGUCGUCCUCGCCGCCGGCCAGCCGCAAGAAGCCGGUCAAGGAGCGUUCGGUUAUAAAGUCCGCUGUGCCGGACGAGAAGCGGCGCGAGCAGGAGCGCAAGGUGGCCCUGGAAGCGCUAAAGCUCGUCGAGCAGCGACGCAUGCGAGAGACCUUGGAUCAGCCACAGAUCAUAGUGCAUCUGACACGUUCGCCCGUGGACUUUACGCCGGAGGAGCGCGUGCGCGUGAAUCGGCUGCGCAUCAUCAAGCGCGAGCACAUCGAGAGCGUGCUGCGCGAGAUGCGCGACGAGCUAGAGCUGAAGCAGCAAAAGGCUGACGGCGUGCAGCCAUCCAGUCGCUACAUAUGCCUGCAACGCGCCGCCAAGCCCGACACCCAGGCCACGCCCCAGCCGGAGCAGCAGCAGCAGCAGCUGCAGCAGCCGCCGCCGCCGCCGCCGGCUAGCUCGACACCCAAGCGUUAUAUACCAACCGUGAAGCAGUGGGACGAGCGCUGCAAGGCCAAGGCCAACGAGGCGGCGGCCGGCGCCAACAAGGAGAACAACAACAUGGCCGGCGGCAGGACUCUGAUCAAGCUCGAAGAGAACGCGCCAUCGCAGCGCGGAGCCAUGGGCCCCUUCAGCCAGGGCAACAUCAUGCACACAGCCACAGCCGUCGGGCAGAGCAAGCCGCAGCAGCAGCAGGGCGGCGCCAAGGAUCGCGAGCUCUUUGUGCCGCGCUAUUGGCCACCGGCUCCGCUGGUGGCCAGGGGCGAGAGGCGUCGCGGCAAUCUGACCCACGCCCGCAAUAUAACGCGCGCCUUUGCUAAUUGCGGCCUGCUGCCAACUCCGUCUCCGGCUUGGGAGGCGACCGCCAAGGAGGACUACGAGAUGCCGGAGGGGGCGAAGAAAUCUGUGAAACGCUACGGAAUGGAGGAGCUGCUUCAACUGGAGCCACAACCACACGAACUGGAGAAGCCCCACAUCGCUGAGGCUCUGCAAAAGCUCGGAUUCAUAUGCGAAUAAUUGCAGCUGCUCAGCCAAAAUAACUUUUGGCUCUGUCCGUGCAUUUGUCCGUGUUUAGUUCUUUGUGUAUUCAGUUAGUUUGUUCUUGUUCAUGUUUUUUCUCCUUUCAACCAGUUGCAUUUCCUGCUGUUCAACGUUGAGAGCUCUUUGUCUCGCCGAAAUACGAGCUAUACCAUUUAUAUUGAGCAACUCUGGAUUUGCAACUCAAUUAUUAUUAAUAAUAAAGUCUAUCUGCAGCAAACUAAAA